AUGAAUUCAGAUUUAAAUAUUAUUGCUUCAAGAAUUCUUAAAUAUACGUAUGGUGUUAAAGUAAGAAAAUGCUGGACGAAAGACGAUCCAAUUCAUAAUGAUGGGCGCAUUGAUUAUUUGGCAAAGCGUAGCACUCCAAUGAAU